AUGUAUUCUUUGCAAAAAGAAAAACCCAGAGUCAUCAUGUCCAAUCAAGAUAAUAAAUCAAAUGAUUCAAGUACGGAUGCAUCAAAAGAUAAAGGGAAGUCAAAAUCGAUUUCAUCAACCUUAAGUAAUUCUGCAACUUUGCUUCGUGAAGCAUUAAAUCCUUCAAAUGGAGCUAGUACAGCUAGCGCCUUAAAUUCUUUACUUCGACAAAAUAAUAAUCCAAAACUACAAAUAAACGACCAUGAAACUAAUUGUGGGUUGGAUACCGAUUGGAAACGAUGGAACCUUGACCCAUGUCCUUCGGCAAGAUCAAUAAAUUCUUCACAUAUAUAUCCAUUUCAUCAUCAUAAUCCUCAUAAAACCAAUUAUCAAAGUAUCCAGGAUGGGAAUGAAAUUUUAGAUUUUUUAAAUUCAAAUAAUUAUACGGAACAAAUAUAUCAUGAAGAUUUUAGUCAACUAACAUCCAAUCGACAAAAAGAUUAUAACUUUUUAGAAAAUUGUCGAGAAGAGUAUCAAGACUCGAUUUCGAAAAAUGAUGUGAAUUCAAAGUUUAUUGAAGAAUUUUUAGAAUCCAAAGAUAUUCAUGAAUAUUUAUCAAGAAUCUCAUAUACGGAUGAUAUCUAUGGUAUUCCAACAUUUUUAAAAGAAUUAAUUAACGAAGCGAAGAACGAAUUAAAUAAUUAUAGUAAACAUGAUGAUGAUGGUGAUAAAGGUUUAAAACACCAAAAAACUGCUAUUGAAAGAUUAAAAAUGUGA